UAUUGACCUAGUUAUAGUUUCUGUCAUGUGACAGGUGUUGAAAGCUAUCUAAUUCCUGUAUGUGAAAAGAUCAAUUUUAAACCUGCAUAGUCUCUAGAUAAUAUAUGAUUAAUCAAUGAAGACAUGGCUGAAGUAAGGUUGUUUUGUAUUUUACUGCUUUUAGCAGUUUGUACAGCUGUUAGAUAUGAACCCAAUUGGGAAUCUCUUGAUGCAAGACCCUUGCCAUCAUGGUAUGAUCAGGGUAAAAUAGGUAUUUUCUUACAUUGGGGGGUAUUCUCUGUACCAAGUUAUCAGACUGCCUGGUUUUGGUGGUAUUGGAAAUCGGUGAAGGAACUGACUGUGGUUGAUUUCAUGAAACAGAAUUACAGAGCUGAUUUCACUUAUGCUGACUUUGCUCCGAUGUUUAAAGCAGAAUUUUUUAAUCCUGACCAAUGGGCUGAUAUAUUCAAUGCUUCAGGCGCUCAAUAUGUUGUCUUGACAACUAAACAUCAUGAAGGUUUCUGUAACUGGCCAUCAAAGUAUUCCUGGAAUUGGAAUGCUGGAGAUGUUGGUCCUAAAAGAGAUUUAGUUGGUGAUUUAGCCAAGUCUAUCAGAAACAGAACCAAGAUUCACUUUGGUGUUUACCAUUCUUUAUUUGAAUUCUUUAAUCCGCUAUUUCUCCAGGAUCAAGCCAAUAACUUUACCACACAGAACUUUGUCUCAGACAAGACAAUGCCAGAAUUGUAUGAACUAGUUAAUAAUUAUAAACCCGAUGUAAUUUGGAGUGACGGAGAUUGGAUGGCUAAUUCAUCAUACUGGAAUGCUACUCAUUUCCUCGCAUGGCUCUAUAAUGACAGUCCUGUGAAAGAUACAGUAGUUACCAACGAUAGAUGGGGUUUAGAUACCAACUGUAAACAUGGUGGAUUUUUAGAUUGUCAUGAUAGUUAUAACCCAGGUGUACUACAGAAGAGGAAAUGGGAGAACUGUAUGCAUGUUGAUAGAUAUGCCUGGACUUUCAGACGGCGAUUAAAUAUAGGGGAUAUCUUAGACAUGCAUUCUCUUCUUCAAGAAGUAAUUGGAACUAUUAGCUGUGGAGGAAACAUAUUGAUAAAUGUUGGUCCGACAAGCUACGGGGAAAUUGCUCCAAUAUUUGAAGAACGUCUACGUCAGAUGGGAGAAUGGUUAAAAGUAAAUGGAGAAUCCUUAUAUGGUAGUAAACCGUGGAGUCAUCAAAAUGACACGGUUACUCCUGGUAUCUGGUAUACCUCUAAAGAUGGACCUACUGGACCAGUGGUGUAUGCAAGUGUUCCACAGUGGCCUGCAACUGGAGAACUGUUUCUAGGGGCUCCGAUGCCGUCCUCUUCUACUAAAGUCACUUUAUUGGGUUAUCCUAAAAUAUUUGAUUUUAACCCUGGUGUGAGUGGAGGUCUGACUAUCUCGAUUCCGACCAUCUCUGUUAAUGAUAUGCCUUGUGAAUGGACCUGGGUUUUUAAACUAGAAGGAAUAAAGAAUUAAGAUAUUAUAGGUCACUUUUAAAUAAUUCUUUUAAAUAAUGCAAGUAAUUAUGUAGACAUAUCCUUUCCAUAAGUAUAACACGUUCCCGAAUGUCAAUGUUACGUACCUGCGACAGGUAAAUUACAACGUUUUCCGUUAGUAGUUGUAACUUUCUGCCAAUAAACAAACCGUGAUGUAAUGUUAGUCCCUCUUCCCAUAUUCUAGUGUAUAUUUCUAGCUAUAAGCAGAAGGACUAAAAUCACGUCACGGCUUAAGUUGUUUAUUGGCGAAAAGUUACAACUACUCACAGAGAACGUUAAAAUUUACCUGUGGCAGGUAACAUUGCCAUUCAGGAUCAAGUUAUACUUAUGGAAAGGAUAUGUUAACAUAAUUGCUUGCAUUAUUUAAAAAAAUUUAUGAAGCUUUUCCAGUGACCUUUAAAUUUAAGUUUUAAUUAUGACUAUUAAUUGUUCAUAGAAAAGAAACUUAUUAUUUUUUUGGUAUUCAAUACUCCAUGCUUGUUAUAUCUAUACAAAUGAGAAUUUAAUUAUUGAUGCUGUUAUUGUUUCAAAAUCGGAUUUAAUGGUAUUUUUAUUUUUUUAUUUGUAGUUGUAGAUUUUAAUUAAAAUAUUAAAAUGGGAUUUUUUUAUGUUAAUUUUUUUUUUAAAAUUAAUUUUCAUUAUUUUAUGUUAAUUUUUUUAAAAAAUUAAUUUUUAUUAUUUGCAACUGUAGUUUUAUUUCAAAUGUUUCAUAAGCUUUAACAUCCUGGGUCCUGAUUUGUAUAAUUUUUUGUUUGAAUUGGAGAGAGGGAGAGAGAGAGAGAGAGAGAGAGAGAGUUUAACCUCCACUCCACACAAACUAGGUUGAACUCUAUUUCAAUAAUUUGCUUGUGCUAGAGGUCUUUAGCAGUGGGAGUUUUUAACUAUUAUAGUGAGAACUGUCAGCGCUUUAACUAAUCUCCCAUAAUGUAUCUUUAAUUGUAUUCACAUUAACAUGUUAUUGUCCCCCGCCUUUCGAAGAAAGCAGGGGACUAUUAAAAUGGGUUCGUCCGUCUGUCUGUCUGUCCGUCUGUCUGUCCGUCACACUUUUUGGGACACAAUAACUCUCUUCCUAAUUGAGCUAGAAUGUUCAAACUUGGUGUAUGUGUUUAUUAGGUCAAUGCCUUGAUGGAGUUCGAAGAUGAGCAUUUUCCGCUUAGGGUAAGCAGAGAUAAGCAAUUUGAUUGGUUGAUGCUUUGGGACACGAUAACUUUAGUUCUAAUUAAGUGAGAUUGAUGAAACUUGGUGUAUAGUUUCAUUACAGUAAUACCUUGACUAAGUUUGAUAAUGAGCAUUUUCUGCUCAGGGUAAGCAGAGCGAUGCGCAAUUUGAUUGGUCGAGACUUUGGAAAACAAUAACUCUCCUACUUUGAUUGUCCCCCGCCUUUCGAAGAAAGCAGGGAACUAUUAAAAUGGGUUCGUCCGUCUGUCUGUUUGUCUGUCUGUCCGUUCCGCUUAUGGUAAGCAGAGAUAAACAAUUUGAUUGGUUGAUCUUCGAAUUGAGUAAAUGUUCAUGCUUAUUGUCCCCCGCCUUUCGAAGAAAGCAGGGAACUAUUAAAAUGGGUUCGUCCGUCUGUCUGUUUGUCUGUCCGUUCCGCUUAGGGUAAGCAGAGAUAAACAAUUUGAUUGGUUGAUGCUUUGGGACACUAUAACUUUAGUUCUAAUUAAGUAGAUAAACAAUUUGAUUGGUUGAUGCUUUGGGACACUAUAACUUUAGUUCUAAUUAAGUGAGAGUGAUGAAACUUGGUGUAUAGUUUCAUUACAGUAAUACCUUGACUAAGAUCGAUAAUGAGCAUUUUCUGCUCAGAUUAAGCAGAGCGAUAAGCAAUCUGAUUUGCUGAGACUUUGGAACACAAUAACUCUCCUUCGAAUUGAGUUAAAAUGUUCAAAAUUGGUGUGUAUGCUUAUUGUCCCCCGCCUUUCGAAGAAAGCAGGGGACUAUUAAAAUGGGUUCGUCCGUCGUCUGUUUGUCCGUCACACUCCUUCGAAUUGAGUUAAAAUGUUCAAAAUUGUUGUGUUUCACCUACUCUCAUCCUCCCAUGAGAGUGUGCUAAAAUUGUUUUUCACCUACUUGACUCGAAUCAUCCUCUCAUGAGAGUGUGCUAAUAUUGUUUUUCACCUACUUGACUCUCAUCAUCCUCUCAUGAGAGUGUGCUAAUAUUGUUUUUCACAUCCCCUCAUCAUCCUUCCAUGAGAGUGUGCUUACAUUGUUUUUCACCUCCCCUCACCCUCCUCUCAUGAGAGUGUGCUAUUGUUGUGUUUCACCUACUCUCAUCCUCCCAUGAGAGUUUGCUAAUAAUGUGUUUCACCUACUCUCAUCAUCCCCUCAUGAGAGUGUGCUAAUAUUGUUUUUCACCCACUCUCAUAAUCCUCCCAUGCGAGUGUGCUAAUUUUUUUUUCACCUACUCUCAUCAUCCUCCAAUGAGAGUGUGCUAAUAUUGUUUUUCACCUACUCUCAUCCUCCUCCCAUGAGAGUGUGCUAAUAUUGUUUUUCACAUCCCCUCAUCCUCAAGUAAGAGUGGGCUAAUGUUGUUUUUUACCUUCGCUCAUCCUCCUCCCAUGAGAGCGUGCUAAUAUUGUUUUUCAGCUAAUUAAUUAUAGAAAUUUAUGUAGAUACCGUAAGUAACAAUCAUAACAAACAAUAUCCAGAACUGUAUAAAUACUACAGAAUUAUGAUCAACUAAAGAAGUAUAAAGUCAAGAGUUAGUAUAAGUGUCGCCUGUUAUCUGUAUCUCCUACCUAACUUGUUUCCUUCAUGGAGCCACCUUCAUAUUUAUACUAAUGAAGGUGUUACCCCUAGAUACAUACAUUACAAUAAAGAAUACAAAGACGAUUCUAGAAAAAAGGCUUAUAAAUCUGAACUGUACAUGGAUUAAAAUACAAUUUAGACAUGGAUUAAAGUAUACAAAGAAGAUUCUAAAUAAAGGAAAUAGGCUUAUAAAUGUUAACUGUACAUGGAUUAAAAUACAAUCAUCACAUUAUAUCCCAUUCUUAUUAGACUACUUAUUAAGAGGACUAUGCUCCAAGAUGUCAUAUCAGUAUUAUGGUAAACCAUAAUUAAUUAAACCAUGGAAAGAUAAUUAUAUAGGGUUUUGACAGACCAUGGUGACACAAACCUGGGACAUUCUGAUCAUUACUCCUGACCACUAAUCCAUUAACUACCAAAUUAUGUUUGAAGAACAUAUCCUCAAUUUUUUACUGUUAGAUAAAGGGAGAGAGAGAGAAAUGGGGUUUAACGUCCAUUGACACAAACUAGGUCAUUUUGGGACUAACAUAUGGUUUAAUUUUAUUUACAUAAUUCACUUGCGCGUAGGGGUCUUUAGCAGUGGGAGGAAACCGGAGGACCCGGAGAAAACCCACGAUGUUGGACAGGCGACCCUACUCCUUGCCACGUACAACCGGGGAUUCGAAACCACGCCAGUCGACUCAAUGACAGACUUUAUGAUACAGCGUGCGCACGCUAACCAUUCAGCCAUCCAACCCCCCUGUUAGAUAAAGGGAAAAUAUAUGCUAUUGAGUGCCAUUAAUACUUAUUAGUGCAUUAUUUUUUUAUUGAUAUUUUAUAUUUAUUAAGUACUUAAAUUAGUUGUUGAGUCUUAAACAUUCCAUAUACUUGUGCUUUUAUAUUUUUUUUAUGUUUUUGGAAUAAGAGAAUAUUGGUUCGAACCUAAUUCUUCUGUUUUAUUAUACUCAUUAAGGGAUCUAAACCUCUAACUGUAUAUUCUCAAUAAAAUUUAAAAUUAAAAACUUGAAUAAAAAUUUGAUGUUGGUCAAUUCCAAUCAAUAUUGAUGUUGUUAUCUUGCCGUGAAAACAUGGGAUCCUAAUAUCCAUAUAUUUAAGGCAUAAUGAACAUCUUAAAAUCAGUUUUGUAUUCUAUAUGGUUUCGAGGCAAUUUGUAAUGAACAAAGAAAGAAAUAUCCUACAAGAGAAUUCAGAAGUAAUUAUUAGUCUGAUUCACAAGAUUAAUAUGUAUAUUUUAAGGUUCCAUAAAGAAUACAGCCAUAGCCCUUUUAAAAAAAUGACCACAGUAGCUAGUGUUAUACUUUUAUAUCGAUUUCCAACUGCCAAUUUAAGGGUCCCUUACCAGGCCCUAUCCUGACCUGCAUUAUUUGCAUCACUGACAAGGGGGGACCAUCCUGAAAAAUAAUAUACUGCAGCUCCCCAAGCACAAUUUUCUCACAGAGCCAGUACCUUUCCCUCCAACUGAGCCGUUGAUCCUAUAUUAUAGAUUAGGUCAUCCAUUCAAACAUUUAUUAAAUUGCAUAUAUUUAAACAAUAAUUUAUUGUACUUAUAAACAAUAUAUAUAAUCUUGGUUUUAUUUGAAAUUUCACAUUUGUCGACAAUAUAAAUUUUAUCUUUAUACCAUAUACUGAUUUAAAAAAAACAACCCAAUGGCCCAUGCGGCCAUGGAUCACAAUG